AAACAGAUGCUCAACCUUGUUAAUGAAGUGUAGCAUCUUUGGAAUAAUUAAGUACAACACCUUCGUCUUUCAAGUGUCAAUAUCUCGUUAACUCACAGUUUUCGUGUCUGCAGUUUUUUGUCUCCGAUCAGUGGUUCAUUACAUAUGAACCAUCAAAAAAGUACACUUCACUAUGCGACACGUGUGUAACGCAGUGUUACGCUGUCUUAAAAUUAAUUAUAAUUUUCCUCGAGCAACUGGACAGUGACUGGAUGCAGUUGCGUUAUGAAUUCACACCCUAAGGGUCAUUGCCUUAAACCGGUAUUUUUUACACUGCGGAACCACGUGAAAAACUAGGUUUGUUACAAAAAAAGUUCGGAAGUGCUUGAAUUGUCUCUGGUGCAAAGUAGCAUAAUCCGGUAAGAUGGACCAUCUAAAGAUUCAAGAAUUUUGGGAUCUCCGGCGACGGUAUCUGUUUGUUUACGGCUUGGUCGUUGCGGCGGACUGGCUUCAAGGAUCCCAUGUUUACGCUCUGUAUGAAUCCUAUGGAAUCAGUUCGCGAGAUAUUGCUUUACUAUUCGUUAUGGGAUUUGGGUCCAGUUUGCUCCUGGGGACCGUUGUAGCAUCUUUCGGAGACAAACUCGGACGGCGGAAUGUAUGCAUUGCAUAUGGAGUGAUUUACGGGCUUUCGUGUCUGACGAAACAUUCGCCAAAUUUAUGGAUCUUAAUGGGAGGACGGCUGUUGGCCGGUAUUGCCACUUCCAUUAUGUGCACAUCUUUUGAGGCUUGGCUUGUGUGCGAAUGCAACAAGAAGGGUCUGUCGAUAGCCCAGUUGGGAGACAUACUAUCAGGAGCUACGAAACUUAAUGGAAUUAUUGCCAUUCUGUCCGGUGUAGUCGCGCAGUUCGCGGUCAAUACUUCCGGCAAAUUAGUAUCACCUUUUGAUGUGGCUGCCGGUAUUUUAACAGUAACAUCGAUUCUUGUGUACUAUUUGUGGACGGAGAAUUACGGAGACCAGAAUGCUCCACAUCUGCAACCUUUCGCUUCCGGCGUCAAAACAUUACUAGCAGACACCAAUGUCUUACUUGUGGGGCUCAUUCAAUCAUUAUUCGAAGGCUCUAUGUACAUUUUCGUUUUGUUAUGGACGCCGGCAUUAGAGGUCAAAAGCAAAGACCACAUAGAAAAAGCGGGAGAGCCGAAAAACAUUCUUCUUCCUCAUGGAUACAUCUUCUCAGCCUUCAUGAUAGCCGUGGCACUGGGGUCCUUUUUGUUCAGCUGUUUAAGUAGGCGAUUAUCGUUAGAAAGGAUCCUGAUGGGUCUUCUAAUAAUAUCCACGCUAACAUUUGUACCGGCAUUAGCGAUUCCCGAGGAUGCCUGGGCUGUUUUCGCUGGAUUUGUGAUAUUCGAAUUCUGUGUUGGAGUAUUUUGGCCGUGUAUGGGUGCACUGCGUGGCCGCUAUGUGCCGGAAGACUGUCGCUCCACAUUAAUGAAUUAUUUUCGAAUUCCCGUUAAUCUAGUCGUAGUCGUUGUCUUGGUUCAGGAUGCCAGCCUCUGGAUUAACUUCUUAUGCUGUUUAAUUUUCUUAGCCGCAUGCGCGGUAUUACCCACAAGAUUUAAGCCAAUCAAAGUAUCUAACAUAGACGAGGAGAUGGAUGCCGGGAAUGACGUAUCCCUUCUUUCAGCCAAAGAACCACUAUAACAUACCUUACUGAAUAAUAAGUACUUUUAAUCCAGCCCUACCCACUGUGUUUGUGAAACUGUCUCCGCAAACGUUAAUCCAACGUUCAAUUAGUUACCAAAAUUAAUAAGAAAUUCCGUUGAUUAUGGCUUAAUAACCAGCUGGCGAAAAAAAUUCAGUUGCCCCACAUGAGGGCAAAUUAAGUAUUCUCUAUUACUAGUACAAUUUUUGAGUUUUUAUCAUUGCAUCCUUUGAGCAAACAACACUGAGCUAUCUAAUUCAUCUGCUGUUUCUUUAUGUUGAGCUAAGUUUCUGAAGAUUCAAAAUUGUAACUGACCAUUAUUUAC